AUGGAGAAGUACAUAAAGCGCGCGGAUGCACUAGUGUUGUUCUCUUUACUUCUCCUCGGAUACUUUGCUGCUCAUACGCAUGGGAAUGCUAGGCUUAUCCGUUACCUUUUACAUAGAGGUGAAGCCAUUGGCAUAGAUGAAGUCGGUGCUCCAUCUCCAGCUGAAGAAGUAAUUAUGCGAAGAUCAGGAGCACAAUGUGCUCAAAAUAAUCCUCAUCUUCCAUGCAAAGAUAACAAGUGCUUCUGCUGUAUUGGGGGCUGA